AUGUCGAGUCCACAAUCGGAGCCGAGCACUCCCCUCUCAAACCCUGGCCCUGGUAUAGAGAACUCAUCGGCCAUCAGCCCACCGACCCCCGCGGCCCCUGUCCCGUUCAAGCCGGGCGUCAAGUUCUGGGCCAUCAUCGUCGCAAUCGGCUUCGCAGGCCUGCUGACUUCACUCGAGUCCACCAUCACAUCCACCGCGCUACCCUCCAUCAUCUCUGACAUUGGCGGCCCAAGGGGGGACCAGUACAUCUGGGUAAUCAAUGGAUACUUCCUCGCCAUGCCCGCGCUGACAGCCAACAUCAAAAGGACGGCGCUACAGCCUCUUGUCGGCCAGCUAGCUAACGUGUUUGGUCGUCGAUGGCCCACCAUAAUAUCAACCGCUGCUUUCGUCUUGGGCAGUGGGUUGUGCGGAGGCGCCACCACCAUGGGCAUGAUGAUAGCCGGCCGUGUCAUCCAAGGAGUCGGAGCUGGUGGAAUCAAUGUCCUAUACGAGGUCAUCGUGUGUGACCUGGUGCCACUCCGCCAGCGAGGAAGUUACCUCGCUGUAAUAUUCGGUCUCGUCUCCAUAGGCAUGGCCCUUGGACCUUUCUUUGGCGGGCUUAUCGUCCAGUACAGCAACUGGAGAUGGGUGUUCUAUCUCAACCUCCCCGUUGGCGGUGUGGCCUUGGGUCUUCUCUUCUGUUGCCUGCAUGUCAAGUCUAAGAAGGAGCCGACGCUGGCUAUGAGCCUGGGAAAGAUCGACUGGACCGGCAACGCCCUGUUUGUCACGGCCAUCUCAUCAGUCCUUGUCAGCCUGGGCUGGGCUGGCGCCGUCUACCCCUGGUCAUCGUUCAGGGUGAUCGUUCCCUUGGUGCUUGGGACACUUGGGCUCGGCGCUUUCUUGGUGCUCGAGAACUUCGUGGUCGAGCCGAUGGUCCCGUUGCGUCUUUUCUCCAACCGCACCCUGAUCGCCGUCUACUUCUUGACCUUCUUGCACAGCAUCAUAACAAUGUGGUCCCUCUACUUCCUCCCAGUCUACUUCCAGGGCGUCAUGGGUAGAGCCCCUGGGGAUUCGGGCCUUGAUCUGCUGCCAACUAUCCUGAUCCUCGUACCGAUGGCAGCAGUAGGCGGUAGUGUCAUGUCUAAAAUGGGCAAAUGCCGCGUCAUACACUUCGUCGGCUUCGCCCUGAUGACUAUAGGGUUUGGCAUCUUUACCCUCUUGGACCAGCGCUCGAGCACAGGCAAGUUGGUCGGAUACCAGAUACUCGCUGGGGCCGGCGUCGGCCUCGUCAUCCCCACCCUCCUGCCGGCCAUCAUGGCGCCGCUGUCCGAGGCCGACACGGCCCUGGCGACCGCGACCUGGGCCUUCAUCCGCAGCUUCGGGAUGACCUGGGGCACCGCGAUCCCCUCGGCUAUCUUUAACAACCGCGUCGCGGCCCUGUCCGAGCGCAUCACAGACCCCGCAGUCGCCGAGACGGUGACCGGCGGCCGGGCCUACCAGCACGCCGUCGCCUCCUUUGUAAACUCCAUGGAGCCCGAGACCAGGGCUCAGUUUAUCACCGUCUUGUCUGUCGGUCUAAAGCGCAUCUGGCAGGUCGCCAUCGCAUUCGCUGCCGUUGGGUUCGUCGUUGUCGCUCUUGAGAAGGAGUACAAGCUGAGGGACGAGCUCGAGACGGACUACGGGAUGGUUGAUAACGAGAAGCCGGCCUCAGACCCCGAGGUCGCUUCAGCUGAGAAGAGAAGCAGCUAA